AUGAAAUCAGUUAUAGUGCUUUGUUUGGCUUUUAUUGCAAUGCUCGCAUUAGUGCAAUCUGUGCCUGUCGAAUCAUUUGCUGAAGAUGGUGAAUUAUUUGGUGAAGAAGUAGCAAUUAUUGAUUUAGAUCAAGUGGAAGAAAACACAGGUGUACGCCAAAAACGUGUUACUUGCGAUUUGUUAAGCGUUAGCACACCUUGGGGAUCCUUAAACCACGCAGGAUGCGCGGCUCACUGCCUUGCCAUGCGUCGAGGUUACAGAGGAGGCCGCUGCUCAAGAGGUGUUUGCCGUUGCCGAAAAUAG